AUGGGCAAGAAGCAGCCACGCUGCGACUACUCCUCAUCCCGUGAGCAAGGAGAACGAUCCAAAGAGCCCUUCCGUAAACACGGGGGCUCCCAGGAGAUCAACACGAUCCUCUUUGGAAAAGCCAACAGGUCUGUGGACGACGCUGUCAACAUGGCCCUUCACUUCCUCCUCCAGCACCUGGAUACACCAGGAACCUACGCCAGGAUCCUGUUUGUGGACUUCAGCUCCGCCUUUAAUACCAUCAUCCCGGCUCUGCUGCAGGACAAGCUCUCCCAGCUGCACGUGCCCGACUCCACCUACGACACCACGCUCAUCGGACUCAUCUCUGGUGGGGAGGAGUCUGCCUACAGGUGGGAGAUGGACCAUCUGGUGACCUGGUGUGGGGAAAACCACCUGGAGCUCAACGCUCUCAAGGCAGUGGAGAUGGUUGUGGACUUCAGGAAGAACGCAGCCCCACCCGCCCCCAUCACUCUGUGUGGCUCCCCAGUAACUGCUGUGGAGUCUUUCCACUUCCUGGGCACCAUCAUCGCCCAGGACCUCAAAUGGGAGCAGAACAUCUGCUCCCUCAUCAAAAAAGCCCAGCAAAGGAUGUUCUUCCUGAGGCAGCUGAAGAAAUUCAACCUGCCAAAGAUGAUGAUGGUGAACUUCUACACCUCCAUCAUGGAGUCCAUCCUCACCUCCUCCAUCACCAUCUGGUUAGCCACAGCCAAGGAUAAGGGCCGGCUGCAGCGUGUCAUCCGCUCUGCAGAGAAGCACAAUAUUCCUCUACAAGAAGAUCUGGAAAAAUGGCCUUACUUAAAGGACAUCAAAAUUAAUGAAAUUGCUUCUGGCAUUGGGACAAAUUCUCCUAAGGUAUUGGAACCUUGGGAGCUGAUCAAUAGCCAAGGAGAAGGACCGUACGCUGUAAAGACCCUACUGGGGUGGGUCUUCUAUGGUCCCCUAAAAGGAAGCAACGACAGCAGAGAUGCUAAUGGACACCCUGUUGCUACUGUCAAUCGGAUAUCCAUGGUACACCUAGAGGAGCUAUUGGUCAAACAAUACAAUCAUGACUUCAAUGAAAAUACAAGUAAGGAAACAGAGGAAAUGUCCAGAGAAGACAAACAAUUCCUGAACAUUAUGAAUCACUCUGCAAAAACCACAGAUGGACACUACUGCCUAGACUUACCAUUUAGACAAGAAAAUCCUAGCAUGCCAAAUAACCGAUGCGUCGCUGAGCAGCGUAUCCAAGGCCUGAAACGCAAGUUUGGAAAAAAUGAGAAAUUUCACGAUGAAUACACUUCCUUUCUGACGGAAAUGAUCAACAACGAUUAUGCUGAAAUGGUACCAGUAAACCAGCUAAAGCCAAGUGAUAACAAGCGUUGGUAUAUACCUCACCAUGGGGUAUAUCACUCGAAGAAAGGAACAUUAAGGGUGGUCUUUGACUGUGGUGCUGUCUUCAAAGGAACAUCACUUAACUGCCAACUGCUUGAGGGUCCACAUCUAACAAACUCACUCAUUGGAGUCCUUAUCAGAUUUAGACAAGAACCAGUUGCCUUAAUGGCUGACAUCAAAGCAAUGUUUCAUCAGGUUAAGGUGUCAAAGGGGCAUAUUGACUAUCUGCGAUUCCUGUGGUGGCCCAACGGUGAUGUGCAACGGGAUCUUGCUGAAUACCGGAUGAAGGUACAUCUUUUUGGAGCAGUAUCAUCACCCAGUUGUGCAAACUUCACAUUGAGAAAGACUGCUGAGGACAACAAAGAUAACUUUACAGCAGAUGUGGUAGACACAGUUAAAAAUAACUUCUACGUGGACGAUUGCCUAAAAUCCAUGCCCUCUGAGUCAGAAGCAGUAAAAAUGGUAGGAGACCUGAUUGCUCUCUGUCGAAAGGGAGGAUUUAUGCUGUCAAAGUGGAUCAGCAACAGCCGUGCAGUAUUAGCAUCCAUUCCACAACAAAGCAGAACCAAAGAGACCAAGGACUUGGACUUGGAUAGGGACAAGCUACCAAUGGAAAGAGCACUGGGAUUGCACUGGUGUGUUGAAACGGAUGUGUUCAAGUUCAAAAUUGCUGCACAAGAACGACCAUAUACAAGACGUGGCAUCUUGUCUGUUGUCGGCUCUAUAUACGACCCCUUGGGAUUUCUGGCACCAUUCACCCUACCAGCCAAACUGAUCAUGCAGGAGCUUUGUAGGAAGAAACUUGGAUGGGAUGAAAACAUACCACAAGCUUUAGUUCAGCAAUGGUCAGGAUGGCUAGCAGACAUCAAUAAGAUGGCAGAGUUUCAAGUGGACCGGUGCAUGAAGCCAACAAGCUUUGGUCAUGUCAGACAUGCACAACUGCACCACUUUUCUGAUGCUAGUGAAAGCGGCUACGGCACUGUUUCAUAUCUAAGACUGGAGAAUGAUAACAAAGAAGUGCAUGUUUCAUUCAUAACAGGAAAAUCCAGAGUGUCACCAUUGAAACAAGUUACAAUUCCCAGAAUGGAACUUACAGCAGCAGUCCUGGCUGUCAAAAUCGACACAAUGCUGAAGAACGAAUUACAGCUGCAACUGGACCAAUCCGUCUUCUGGACUGAUAGCACUACCGUGCUAAAAUACAUAAAAAACGAAAACAAACGCUUUCAAACAUUUGUAGCAAACAGGAUCUCUCUUAUAAGGGAUGCCAUGGAUGUAUCACAAUGGAGGUAUAUUGGAACAAAGGAAAAUCCUGCAGAUGAAGCCUCUAGAGGACUAAAGGCAGACCAAUUCUUAAACUGUAGGAGAUGGAUCAAGGGACCUGAGUUUCUCUCCAAGCCAGACAGAGAAUGGCCAAACUCUCAUGUGGAUUCAGAUAUCCCUGGCAAUGAUCCAGAAAUCAAGCAGGACAUCACAAUGAACGUCAUUGUCAAAGAUUCAUUGAGCCCCACAAACUCUCUGAUAAACCACUUCUCAUCAUGGAGAAAACUGAAGACUGCUGUAGCCUGGCUUCUUAAAGUAAAAACGACACUCUUGAAGCUGAGACAUAAAGAACAGCAAAGACCGAUGACCCUUAAAAUAAGGGAGAAGAAGAGAAGAAAAUAA